AUGGACUUCCUCAGCCCAGACAACUAUUGUGGCCAAACCUUGCUCAGGCUGGUAUCACGAGGUAGUGCGAUCAUCACAGAACUUCUUAGACUAAGCGACUAUAUCCCCCCAGCCUUCUGAAACAAGCCUCCACCUGAAGCCCAGGUUUAUGCUCCGAUAAUAUCCGAUUUCGAGUACUUCAAGAACCUUGACGCAUACGAGCAGAAAAUAAAUGACAACCAAGAAUAUUUCGAGCUGGACGAGAACUUUAGAGAGUCCAACAUAAAGAUCCUGGAAAGGUUUUACACGCUUUUUGAAAGCAUUUACAAGUAUCACAAAGAUUUAUCGUUUUUCUUGAAAGAGCUCACUGAUAAUGUCUACAUUCAUUAUACCCCUGAGAUCAUUCUGGAGAACUCGGAAGGCAAAAAACUGCUGGUUGAAGCGGUCUAUUUGAUGGGAGUCAUGCUGAUGCUGCUAGAUUUCAAGAUACAAGGGAGUAUUAGGGAAAGGAUGCUGGUCAGCUAUUAUAGAUAUAAAGGACACUCAAUUAUUCAGAAUAUUGAUGAAGUUUGCUCAAUGCAUAAAAUGGCGACCUAACCGCUCCUGACCUCUUAACGCAAUUUUCUCGAUCUUAUGGCCAAGGCGGACUGAGAGAAGCCAGUCGAAAUUCAGGUCUGAUAUGCGAUUAUGCAUAUCUGAAUAGGUUUUGACUUAGUUUCUGUGUUUGAAAGGAGUAAUUUAGAACUUUCCUCUAGGAAUUAAGGUGAACUAACUACUUCCCAAUGUCAGGGUUGCGCCUAAACCCAGAGAUUAAGUCGUUUUACUGUGCCUAUAAGGGCAGGCUGCAGUAUUCGUUAGAUCUAUGUUUUCUCCCCGGAUUACCAACCAAUCUAUUAAUUAAGAUUAAGAUGAAGUUUGUUCAUUGUGUAGAAAUACUGGAUUUAUCCCUGGCAAAAAUGUGGUGCCUGAGAAAAGGCCUCCGAAUUAUCCUGAAGAUUUCUUUAACAGGUGCACGCUGCCAAUGGAUGUGAUAGAGUUGUGUAUUGGGCAUCUAAAAGAUGAUGACUUUUAUAAUCAAGUUGCUGUUUAUCCCUCUCCUGAGCAUAGGCCGAUAGCGCUUUCCCAUCAAGCUGCAAUUUUGAUCAUUAUUCUUUACUUUAACCCUACUUAUUUAGAAACUGAGCAGAACAAAAUGAGAGAAAUAAUCGACAAAUUCUUCCCUGAUAACUGGGUAGUAGCUUACUAUUUAGGCUUCACUGUAGAUCUAGCUGAGCAAUGGGCUCCUUACAAAGCAGCGAAAAGUGCUCUUCUGCAGUACACUUUGAACGAAGAAAGUGUGAUAAGCACCAAAAACAAGCAUAUCCAAAACCUCAAAAUCCUCAACAAGCAAGUAAACCAUUACUUAAAAGAAGGAGUUUUGACUGAAGAAUACAUUCUUUCUCACUCGUCUAAACUUAUGCAUUGCAUGAGAGACUGUAAUGUUACCCUAAAAUGGCUUCUUUUAUCAAGAUUAAGUGCAGUCAAAAGAGUACUAGAAGUAGUUACAGCUGAUCUCAGUAUGGAAGCACUAUUGGAGCUUUUGAUGAAUGUGGCACAGUUUGAAAGAAAUUUGAAAGCAAAGCUAGAGGUGAUGCUGGAAAAGAAAGAAACCACUUGGCAAGAGGACAAAAUGCAGGCUGCCGUAAGGAUGAAUGAGCUUGCUGAGUAUUUUUCAGGGACAAAACCACUCAGUAGAGGAGUGCAAAAGAAUGAAGGGUAUAUGCAGUGGUUCCAACAAAUGGAACAACAAAUCAACUCACUUAACCUAGGUGACGAAAAAGGCUCAUCAAGGAAAAUCCAGCAACUGACUCAAGCUCUUGAAGAUGUAGAGCAAUACCACCAAAUUGAAGGAAACUUGCAAAUCAAGGUAUUUUUGAAUGAGACCAGGCAGUAUUUAAGACACAUGUCAUACACUGUUAACCUUCAGCAAGACAUUUUGCAGAGAAUUGCCAGAAUCACUGACUUUUCCUAUGCUUGGCUUUGUAUGGAUGACUUUUUAGACCUCAUGCAAGAAAAAAUAAGGAGAGAGCCUGUCAGUGUAAGACUCCUUGAGUCCACAAUUUUAAAGCUUUCUUCAAUUAUGGACAUUCCUCUGCUACGCAUCAUUGAGUCAGACUCUCCUGACCUUGAAUCCGUAUCAGAAUAUUACUCAAAAGAGCUUGUAAAAUACGUUAGGAGGGUGCUGCAGGUCAUCCCACACGCUGUUUUCAUGCUUCUCGACGAAGUUGCUGAACUCCAAAGCUCCAGCUUCAAAGAAAUCCCAGAAAAGCUAAAGCGAGACGCCAUAAAAGACUAUGCCUGUCUUGAAGAGCGGCACAGACUAGCAGCGCUGACUCACGAGAUUUCUGUUUUCACCAAAGGAAUUCUGAUUAUGGAAAAAACCUUUGUCGGGCUUAUUGAAGUGGACCCUAAAAAGCUGCUUGAAGACGGUAUCAGAAAAGAGCUAGUCAACAAAAUUUCGAAUAUUCUUCAUAAGUACCUAAACUUCAAGGAUGGGACCUUGGAAGAUUUUAUAAGGAGAAUUGACGAAUUAGGUGCAAAAUUGACAAGCUUUAAGCAGGCUUUUGAGUAUAUACAGGACUUUAUUGGGCUUUAUGGGCUUAAAAUAUGGCAGGAAGAAAUGACAAGAGUGAUUGGGUUUAAUAUUGACUUGGAAGCCUCCACUUUUCUUCCUAUGCAGCAAGCCUUGGACACUUACCAGUCUGCAAAUGUACCAAUCCCCAAGCUUCCUUGCGAGGAUCCCAAUUCACUUACCUUUAUGGGCAUUCUACUCAGAGAGUUGCUUAAAUUGUGCGAUAUAAGGAAAAAUGUGUAUAUUGAGUGGAUGCACGGGUGGUAUGAUUUCCAAGGAAAAGAAGUAAUUGGGCUUGAUAUCAUGUCAAGGCUUCACAGAUCUCUUGGAAUUCAUGGACUUUCUGGCAUCGACAAGCUUCUCUGCUGUACCAUUGUGCAAAACUUAAAAUUAUUCGUCAAAAAAUGCAAAAGCUCUAUAGACGCUGGCAACAUUAACAACCUCUGGAGAGAGCUUCAGCCAAUGUCCUGUGUUCCAGAACGAGGCAAACAGCUAUACCAAAGCGUUUUUUUGCAUAUGAAAAAUAUGUCAAAUGAGCUUAACAUGAUCAUUCUGAGAAUCGGACAAAUGAAUCUUCUCAGAAGACUUAUAGCAUAUGAAAUCAAUUUCCGAGGAAGAAUCGAUUCUCCUCUGCUGUGGAGUGCCUUGAUGACUGUAAAUCAGUCUGUCGUCAAUGAUGUCAAGUCAAUCCCAGAGUUCCCAGCUAAAGAUGACAAGCUAAUAGGUCAGCUUGAGCCUUUCCUGAAUCAAAUGGGCUUUUUAUCUGCUUUUGAAAAGAUAUUUUUGAAGCCAGGAAUUAUUAUAGAAAAAUUCCCAUUGAUAAUGGCUUUAUAUACAAUUUACCAGAUGUCGACUGUUCACUAUGAAAAGAAAAUAGGAGGACUUAUAAGGAAUAAGCAAGAAAUUAUUGAUGGAGUCCCGUUCACUGCUGGAAUUUUAACGAUUUUCAGACAGUUCCAUAGGGACCACUUCAGCUGCUAUUUAGGCUACAUUGGACAAUUUGUAAGCACCGGCGUCGCGCUUGCCAGAGACAAAAAGACUCAAGAAACGCCUGCCGAACUGACGAAUAUUUUAGUGUUUAUUGAAGAAUUAAGAAAACUUGCAGGGCUGCCGAGGCAGUAUGCUGAGAAUUUCCUGCCAAGCUAUAUUUUGGACCGACUUUUAACUUAA